GCUGUCUGUUCCGAAUGAAAAGUUCAGGCGUGCGUCUGACGUUCAUUUGUUUAUCAGCUAUUUUUAUUGAUUUUAUCCUCAGUAAUUCAACAGAAUCGUGUUAAUUUAUCACCGUGAGAGAUACACUGCAGGUAUAUUGAAUCCGGUCUUCAAGUGGUAUGAAAAUUCGCCAUCAUGUCAGCAUCUGUUCUACUUUCCUGUGGGCUUAGUGAGAAGAGCCUCGUGCCGGCCGUCUUCAUCGGGGAAUCGUCCGGAGUGGAUGGCAGCUUUCUGGUCAGCUGUCUCCUUGGGCAUCAGUUCAAACACCGCAACACUGGCGUGUUGCUGGUCUGUCUACACCACUCGUUUGACCACUACAUCGAGGCGGGUCUCAAGCUGGGCUAUAAUCUCGCCGCAGCCGGUGAAAGAAAGUCCCUGGUGGUGCACGAUGUGCUCAAGAAAUUGCCAGAACUCGCCAGAAGCGGUGUGAAUCUGGUGGAGAAGUGCCUUGAGGAUAUUGUGAGUGAUCUGGAGCUUCUUGGACAGAGCAAGGAGCACACAACCAUCAUUCUGGACGAUGUCUCUGUCUUCCUCAACAUGGGCGUCACCGAGAAUGUCUUGUUGAACUUCUGCAGGGAGCUCCAGAAGUUCACUGCCUGGCAUCCGCGAGUGACUCUCGUGAUGAAGAUGAAUUGUACAGAAAUCCAUCACAUCCUUUGCAAUUAUCUGUACGACUUUGCCAAUACGAGAAUAAGCGUGAAACCACUGGAUUCAGGAAAAUUCCAGGAUGUCGAUGGGAAGAUGAUUAUCAACCACAAAGGCGGGGACUUUCAGAGUGGUGAAAAGGAUAAAGUCGUUCUCUAUCGCGUCAAUGAACGAAAUAUCAAAAUCUUCCUUCCCGGUGAAUAUUCCGUAAGUGGAUAAAUCUACCGUCAUUUAAUUGUAUAAAAUCUAUCUCUAAAUUUCUUUUAGAAUGUAGAUAAGAAAAUUGUAAUAUUCUCACUUGAAUAUGAGGAAUACUCGUCGUAGGUAAUCAAAAUUGAAAGUAUGAUUGAAUUAUACGUGAGUGUUUUUCUCACACUGCCAAAGCAAGAGCUAUGAUGAAAAUCAAUAAAAAGAAAAAAAAUGUAGUCCUAAAACAUUGAUCUUUAUAGGUUACAAGAUUAUUUCUUCUCGGGAAAUCUUUCAUCAUAUGGUCUCAUGUUUAAGUCAUAAAAAGGAUAUAUGUGAUGUAUUAAUUUUAUGAUAUUUCCCUCUAUAAGUGCCUCUCAACAGAAAUGCUUUUUUAACAUAAAAAAAUACAUGAUUCUCACCCUUUUGCCAUCAUACUUAAAUUUGAAGGAUAUGGUAAAAUUUUUAUCGAAAAGUCACUAUAAUACAAUAUGAGGCUAAUUACAGCAAUUAAUUUGAUACUUAAUUCGUGGCCAUAAACUUACCAAUAGUCGUAAGUUUUUAGUGCUAUCAGAAAGAAAUAUUAUGAAAUAAUUCAAUAUCCCCUUUAAUGUGAAAUUACAAAUUGUUUAACAUAGAAUUUUCUACCAUGUGUAGUGAAGAACUUAGUAGAGUUUAUGGUAUUUAGAAUUAAUAUAAUAUAUUACGUAGAGUAUUAUUCGAAAAU